AGUGAGAAUAUUUUCCCAUGAUGUGGCCUGUUUGAUUUGUUUCUUUUAUCUAUCUGCUUUUCUCACCAUUCUUGGCUGCAUCAUGUGAGCCGUGUCAAGGUCGCCUCAUCUGAAUCUACUGUGCGAUGAUGUGAUCCACACCACACCCACGGCACACCUACUUCCUGAUUGUACUCUGAAAUCUACACCCUUUUCUUCUGUAAAUACACACCCAUUUUUUCAUGUCUUUAAAUAAACUUUGCUGGGGGCAGGACCGUUGUAGUUCGCUGCUCGUGCGCCUACCCAUGCAUGUAAAAAAAUAAGAUGUCUCAGCCUCUUUCUUCAGAUCACUGAGUGUUUUUUCUCUCUAACAUAAAUUGGUCCUUCGAGCCGGAUCCCGAAGACCUCCCGCCGACGCCAAGAUAACCACCACUGAAACCUGUCGACAGUCAUCGCUGAAUAGCCAUCUGCGGUGCCAAAACCCUGAGAUGUGAAUUCAUCCCAGGUCGGUGGCCUUAGUUUGGUCCUCGACGGCGGCGGGAGGCUGAGGGAUCAACGAACUCAAAACCAGUGAUCUCGGAAAGGGCACUCAAGGCCGGAGACUUUGUCCUCGUCAAGGUCCUACGGCGAGACAACUGGGCGGCACCACGGUGGGACGGGCCGUAUCAAGUUCUCCUGACGACACCCACGGCAAUUAAAAUUGCGGAAAGGCCCUCCUGGAUCCACCAGUCACACUGUAAGCGCAUCAUCACCGAGCCAGAGUGAGAAUCUACUGAUAGAGUAGCAACGAAGCCCGGCUACAAAGGGGGCAGGAACCAAUAGGGGCCUGUCGUCUCAAACCGGUGAAGAAAAGAAGACAUGGCUCUGCGCUGUCUGGUGAUCCUGGCCUUUUUGGGCCUCGUGGCGUGUACCCUGCUGAUGCUUCGUUCCCCAUCGGACAUUCAACGCACCGCUGCCAGGAGUAAAAGGUCUGUGACUGAUGUGAUGAAAUGUUCCACCUCUGACCCACACACCACUAUUCUAUGUGCUCCACGAACCAAGACCACCACCUUCGUCAUCCCCUUCCACACGUCACCCAAGUCCAACGACGUGUGGCGACUCGACAUGAGUGGGGUGAUGAGGAUGUUUGGUGGUAAGUAUCCUGUAAUGAUUUGGUACAUGACUCUUGGUGACUUUUACACGUGGUCCUGGAAAUACCUCGUAGGUGAGUCCAACGCCGACUGGUCGUCCUCCACCACUGACCGGAAGGCUCUACAGUGGAGGAAGCAACUCAGCCUCACAUCCUCCAGAAGAAACCUUGUCAUCACUCUGCGACCUGACCAACGCAGCUCAUCUAACGCUGCAUCUUGUGCUGAUUUCCUCAUCUCUCCUUGGGUGGAGGCGAAGCCUCCCCGGUACCAGUACAAGAUCUGCUACACGGACAGUGCUCCCAAAGUUGAAAUCACAACAUGGAAUGGGAAUGUGAAGAGUAAACAUGAUAAACAUGUUCUAAUCAAUGGUAAAGGUGAAACAAUGUCUGCUCCUAUUACAAAUGCAUGGUCCGACCGAGACCGAGAUCCUGCAGGACGAGUAAACUCCUGGUGGACGGCUGUGAAGUCUAUUGUUGACGCCUUACAUGUUAACUCCACUUGUUAUGCAUGUUCCCUCAUGCCCCACUCACAGCGGGACUUGUCCUUUGUAAAACCUAAACCAUUGACUGUCUCUGAUGUUAUCUGUGUGUUAAAGGGUAUGUUCAAAGCGACGAAUACGUCUGGAAAACCUGUCAGGACGAAGUGGUUAAAGUUGAACUUAACUGAUGUCUCCGAAUGUUCUCGCUGGAAUCAGAAUCUGAUCGGAGUGAAUGGCACGGAAGCCUGAGAACACCCUGACCUUAACCAGCCUGUGAUGUCUAUUGAACCUGCACAAGUUCCUGAAAACUUUCAACUUUGUUUCAGGCGUUCAUAUGUGGGUGCUAAACCGAGCGUUCCAGUAGGCUCCACCUCCGGCUGUCGGAUGACAGUCAACGCCACGUGUGGUGAAGGGCCUCUUUAUAAUCAGUCGGUUUGCCUCGGUCCCCGCGCUAACGCCGCUUCUGUAAGUGACCUGACAGGUAACUUUUCUGACACAGAAGCUGUUUCCUGGCCUUCUGAUGAAGGAUGCAGCAGCCCCACCAGCGCUGCGUGGCUCUGUGGUUAUGAUGUGUAUCAGGUCCCUCCCUACGGCUGGAUCGGGACCUGCACCCUGAUUUAACUCACACCUGCUAUUACCCUGUACAACCAGUUGACAUACUCCACCGUCAUUAUCCCCACUACAGGCAGAAGCGUGCUGGCGAUGUUCCAGUACAGACCACCGUAGGAGAGAAGUUCUUUGCCGGUGUGUUUCCGUGGUGGGGGGCUGUUAAGAAUGCUCACGGCGUAGAAGCAGUGCAUGUUCAAUUGGAGAACUUAACAGCAAUUCUGACUAAGGGCAUGUCAUCUCUCCCGCCCGUCAUGAUCGCCACGCGUACCAGGCUGAUCUUAGCCUCACAAGGAGGUUUGUGUCAUGUCAUUUGUGAAAAACGUUGUACUUACAUUCCUGAUGCGGCUGCAAAUAUUUCUGACACCCUCAGUCAUAUGAAUGAUCUGCUUGCGCAAAUGAAAAAAGGUGAUGCUUAUGAAUCCGCCUCCGGCUGGGAUAUAUGGUCCUGGAUCUGGUCAGGAGGCUGGUCUGGAAGACCUAUUAAGCUACUUAUGCCCGUUGGUAGUGUUCCCAUAUUAUUAUAGUUAUAGUUAAUAUUUAUUUCGGUAAAUCACAAAAAAAUCAACAAAUGAGUUAACACAGGUUUUUCCCUGGUCAACGUUGUGAUUGUUUUGGCCGAGGAGGUCUGGGCUUGAGGCAUAAAGCUUGUCUUGCCCACCUUUUAACAGAAUAGAAUAUACAAGAAGAACAAAUUAAGUAUCAUGGGUCUACACAAAAUAAUAAUAAUAGUAAUAGUGAUAAUAAUACCAAUAAUGACAAUUAUGAUAAUAAUAAUAAUAAUAAUAAUAAUAAUAACAACAGUAAUGGCAAUAAUAAUGAUGAUGAUAAUAAUGAUAGCUCUGAAAACAGAAAGUGAAAAGAUGCUGAGGAAACCCGACAAACCCAAUUUAAGUUGUCAUUUUAUCUCAUGCAUGUGUACAUUCUUCUUUGUUUGCUUAUUGUGUUUCUAUAUAUGUGUAUUACCUUUGCUUUGAAUAAUAUCUUGUAUGCUUUUAUUGAGUUUGUUUAAGGUCGUUGUGUAAUGAGUUCCACAGUUUUACUCCUAAAACAGAUAUACAUCUGCCUUUUGUGUUUGUUCUUAUUGCUGUUGUGUCAAACAUUGCUGUUCCCCUGAGGUCGUAUUUGCCCUCUCUUGGCUUGAACAGUUCCUGCAGCCCGGAAGUGAUUUGUUAUAAGCCUUGUACAUUAUCAAAGUGGUGUUCAGAUUAACUAUGUCUUGCAAUUUAAGUGUAUUGUAUUCUGUGUGUUCAUUAGCUGCAUCAUACCCUCUGUCCGCUGUAUGAUAUCAUGUAUGAUCAACGUCUCCAUGAUUCAAUAUAGUGCUAUGCUAUGCUAUGCGUCCACUGCUGAAGAUUCGGACCUCGCACUGCUGGAGGCGAAAUUCCAACAGGCGAUGCAGGAUGAUGACGUGUAAUUAAUGAUGAUCUGGUAGAAAAUGCUUGUCAAGUUACGAAGAUUUGAUAUACUGCAUGUGCAUUAUCCUAAAAUGAUAAACAGGGGGGAAUGUUAGAGUGAGAAUAUUUUCCCAUGAUGUGGCCUGUUUGAUUUGUUUCUUUUAUCUAUCUGCUUUUCUCACCAUUCUUGGCUGCAUCAUGUGAGCCGUGUCAAGGUCGCCUCAUCUGAAUCUACUGUGCGAUGAUGUGAUCCACACCACACCCACGGCACACCUACUUCCUGAUUGUACUCUGAAAUCUACACCCUUUUCUUCUGUAAAUACACACCCAUUUUUUCAUGUCUUUAAAUAAACUUUGCUGGGGGCAGGACCGUUGUAGUUCGCUGC